AUGACCUACCGCAAAGACACUCUUCCUGCUAUCGCUGGACUAGUGCGGGGUUUCAACAAACGGCUCGGUGAGAAAAAGUACCUUCUGGGACUUUGGUAUGAAGAAUAUGGAGAAGAUCUCAAGGAUUUGAGCGAGACCGUUCUGGACCUGCUGUGGAGACUCGAAUACAACAAAGAUGCUAAAAGGGAGAACCUUGACAGCCCGUUCGUCAAGAUGUCUUGGAGUUGGGCGUUUCCACAGUGCUCCAUCAUCUACCCGUUCAACCAAGACGAAAUCCUUGGUCAGUAUGCCACCCCAUUGUGGGGGAGAGGAGCCAAUAACGUCCCGAGGCUCCCAGACGACCAUGCCGUCGAACGCCCGUGGCUGAACUACAUGUACACCGAAGCAUCACCCACAGGACUGACAAUGGCAGGCCGCUUGUGGGAAACUCGACUACUACCCACUAAGAUUUACUUCUCGAUUAAGAAUACAGAAGAUCGAGAAUACUGCUAUCAUCUGGGAGCUAUGUCGUACAACGUUUUACAGGAGCGUGCUCUGUGUAGACCAGUUCAGGCCACGCAAAUUCGCGUUGAGCCGCCAAACGAGGAGAAAGCCAGUGGAACAACGUUUGAUAAGAUGCCCCUGAUAGCCUUUUACCCCGACGACCUGAAGACGGUCUGUGCAGGGCCGAUUUUCUGCUUUCCGAUGGCGAAGUUCCGACAUGUUCCUUCUAAACAGGAUCUGGAUGAGAAAAUCAUUUUCGUUGCACUAAUCGUGGAGGCAGUUGGACACCUCGCAACGACAGAGGGUUACAAUCCCGAUCUCACUUCUAAGCCUCUCAGUGAACUCGUCUUUCGGAGACUUGGAUUGGCAUAUACGGUGGAUGGCGGCUGGACAAAUGAACAUAAUAAAAUGGUUGUAAAGCUCCCAAUUAUGAGCGUGCGGAUAGUCUAG